GCGAUUGGAGGGCAGACUGGAAUAAUAAGGGGAGGCUGGACCGGAGCAGACUGAAGCGUCCCAAAGAGCCGCCGGCCUCAGGUCUGACAACCCCCAGGAGUCAGCCGUGCGCUCUUCCUUCACCAUGAAUCCAGCACGACCCCCACAUCGGCAGCAAUAACACCUUUUUGCUGGCUUUUUGAGUGCUGAUUGUUAACCUGUCUGCGCCUGUAAACUCUGAACGCAAGAAAGUCCUGAAAUCUGGGAGAAACUGCGCGCGUAAUUCCCUCAAUCUUUACUUCCUUCUGCCGCUUGGAGCCGAAAGCGGCCGGUAUUUCUGGAGGUUUUCUGCUUUUAUUUUAUCAGAGGAGAAUAUUUUUGCCUUUUGACACACCGACAUGGAGUACACGUCAUCCCCGAAGCCGCAGCUCUCAUCCCGGGCCAAUGCUUUCUCCAUAGCCGCCCUGAUGUCCAGCGGAAAGUCCAGCAAGGACAAGGAGGCGGAGGAGAACACCAUCAAACCUCUGGAGCAAUUUGUGGAGAAAUCCUCCUGCAACCAGCAGGCUCUGGCUGACCUGUCAUCCCUGGACGGGCACGGGGACUUCAGCGGGAGCGCGCCCGCGGUGUGCACGGAGCCCCUCAUCCCCACCAAUCCCGGCAUCCCCAGCGAAGAGAUGGCCAAAAUCUCGUGCAGCCUGGAGACCAAAGAGCUGUGGGACAAAUUCCACGAGCUCGGCACUGAAAUGAUCAUCACCAAGUCUGGAAGGCGGAUGUUUCCUACCAUCCGGGUCUCUUUUUCCGGAGUGGACCAGGACUCCAAGUACAUCGUCCUGAUGGACAUUGUUCCGGUGGACAACAAGCGGUACCGCUACGCCUAUCACCGUUCCUCCUGGUUGGUGGCCGGCAAGGCCGACCCCCCUCUGCCCGCCAGGUUGUACGUCCACCCAGACUCUCCGUUCACCGGAGAGCAGCUGAUGAAGCAGAUGGUUUCCUUCGAGAAGGUCAAGCUGACGAACAACGAGCUGGACCAGCACGGACAUAUCAUCCUGAACUCUAUGCACAAGUACCAGCCACGAGUUCACAUCAUUAAGAAGAAGGACCACACCGCCUCGUUGCUCAACCUCAAAUCGGAGGAGUUUCGCACCUUCGUGUUCGUCGAGACGGUCUUCACCGCCGUCACAGCCUAUCAGAACCAGCUGAUAACCAAGCUGAAGAUCGACAGCAACCCGUUCGCCAAAGGUUUCAGGGAUUCGUCGCGGCUGACGGACAUGGAGAGCAGGGAAAGUGUUGAGAAUCUGAUCCACAAGCACUCGUACGCCCGAUCGCCGAUCAGAACCUACGCUGGCGACGAGGAGAACCUGAGCGAAGACGGACACACCACACACACCAGAGGAUCAGCGUUUACGGCCUCAGACAACCUCUCCCUGAGCUCCUGGGUUACCACCACCUCAGGCUUCUCGGGUUUCCAGCAUCCUCAGACCCUGUCAGCCAUGGGGACUGGAACCGCCUCCUUACCCCACCCCAUCCAGGGAUCCCUGCCCCCGUACAGCCGGCUAGGCAUGCCGCUGACGCCCAGCGCUCUGGCUGGAACCAUGCAGGGCAGCGGGCCGUCCUUCCCUUCCUUCCACAUGCCCCGCUACCACCACUACUUUCAGCAGGGGCCCUACGCUGCCAUCCAGGGACUCCGCCACUCCUCCACAGUCAUGACGCCCUUCGUAUGACUUCACACAGCAGAGGGCCAGAACUCAGUCUGACCUUCAAAAGGGUGCAGACCAUUAAUCCUCAUCACUCCUCAUCUGGCUUGCACCUGUCCCUCCGGUUGUAAAUAAUUCACCUGCAGCGAGUGGGGCGACAUGAAGAGGAAUCUGCACACUGAACUGAGGCAGACUGUGCUCCUCUCUCAGGAUCUGACUCCUAAGAACAGCUCCGAUGUAGGAAAAGACUGAUGACUUCAUUGCAAAGCAAAUGCAAGACAAAAAUACGUGCAUGCAUGUUUUAUUUCAGCCCUCGAAUACAAAGUACACUUUCUAAAUGUUUUUAAAAUGGCAGCAAAACCCUGCAGGGUGCGAUUCCUAAAAAAUGACAGACGGAGGGUGGAUGGAACAAGCAGCCAUCUUAGCUCCUCUGUGUUAGGAGAGCCAUAUGUACAGUUCAGAAUAACGAUGACACACUCUGGGAUCCACUUACUCAGAGGUUUCUCGCUGUAAAUUAU